UUUCCUCUUCAGGUGAUCGCGCCGGGUGAGGUGGAGCGCGCUGUGGAUGAGAUCGCAAUACUGCGCUACGGUAUAUGGAAUCAACAUGUUACAGAGGAUUGCAGAAGUCUGCGCGGUGUGCUUCUGGUUACUGUCAGCCGUCUGCUGUCUGGAUCAGCCCUCUCGGGCCCCCCAGUUCCUGGCCCAGCCUCUCUCCACCUUCCAGAAGUAUGGCGGCUCCGUAACGCUCAGCUGCGCGGUGGACCCGGCCGACGCCGUGAUCUUCUGGCGACUGAACGGCGUGCAGCUGGGAGGCGUCCCGGGGGUCCUGGUGUCCGGAGGGAGCCUGGUCAUCGCAAGCCUGAACAACGACACCGCCGGGAGGUACCAGUGCAUCGCCCAGACCGCGGCCGGAGCCAUGGCCAGUGUGCCGGCCAUCGUAGCCUUGGCCAAUCUGCAAGACUUCAAAUCGGACACGCAGCACGUGAUCGAGGUGGACGAAGGGAACACGGCGGUGAUCGCCUGUAACCUGCCCGAGAGUCACCCCAAAGCUCAAGUGCGGUACAGCGUCAAGCAGGAAUGGCUGGAGACCUCCAGAGAUAAUUACCUUAUCAUGCCCUCGGGGAAUCUACAGAUCGUCAACGCCACCCAGGAAGACGAAGGAACGUACCAAUGCGCGGCAUACAACCCUGUGACGCAGGAAGUGAAGACGUCCGUCUCCAGCGACCGCCUGCGAGUACGACGCUCUAUAUCGGAGGUGGCUCGGAUCAUCUACCCUCCUGUGGCUCAAACCAUCAUAGUCACCAAGGGCCAGAGCCUCUUCCUGGAGUGCGUGGCCAGUGGAAUGCCGCCGCCAAGAAUCACAUGGGCCAAGGACGGGUCCGACAUCAUUGAACAGAACAAGACGCGCUUCCUGCUCAGCAAUCUCCUGAUAGAGUCUACGAGUGAGGAGGAUUCUGGGACAUAUACCUGUACAGCCAGUAAUGGAAUGGGAGAUGGAGGCUUGGCAUUCAUCUUCUAUAACGUACAGGUUUUUGAGCCGCCUGAAGUCAGAAUGGAGAUGUCCCUGCAGAUGGUCUCCUGGGGCCAGACGGCAAAGUUUACCUGUGAGGUGAACGGCAAUCCACCUCCAUCCGUGGUGUGGCUGCGGAACGCGGUGCCUGUUGUUCCUACCCCGAAACACCGGAUCUCCCUGAAGGUUCUUCGGGUCAGCAGCGUGGGGCCAGAGGACGAUGGCAUUUACCAGUGUAUGGCAGAGAAUGAAGUAGGAAGUGCUCAAGCUUUGACAUUGCUGAUGACCACCAAGACAGGAACCCUGGUAAGCCCUGGACUGGAUGUGAUUACCUGGACUCCAACAGAGGCACCUAUCCCCGAUGACAAACAACUGCUCCUGAAGGCUCAAAUAAAGCCAAGACCACCAACACCAGGAUCGCCGACUCCUUGCCCAUCUGAUAAGACCAUCCUCCAGCCGGAGGCUCCCAUAAUCCUCAGCAGUCCCCGAACAUCUAAGACCGAUUUCUAUGAACUAGUGUGGAAGCCCAGACACAAUAGCAAAGCCACAAUCCAGUACUACACCGUGAAACACCGCAAGGUGGGGAACGUGUCUGAUGAGUGGACCUUUUACCGAGUUCCUGGCUCUCAAAAUCGCCUGACGCUCACCAAGCUGGACCCUGGAAGCUUAUAUGAAGUGGAGAUGGCGGCUUACAACUGCGUCGGAGAAGGACAGACGUCCAUGAUGACCUUCCGGACAGGGCGACGUCCGAAACCCGACAUCAUAGCCAGCAAAGAGGCGCAGAUUCAGAAGGACGACCCGGGGACCAGCACGCAAAGCAGCAACCAGUCCGACAAUAACCGCCUGUCCCCUCCGGAGGCUCCGGACCGACCCACCAUCUCUGCAGCCUCUGAGACCUCCGUGUACGUGACCUGGAUCCCAAGGGGCAACGGCGGAUUUCCCAUCCAGUCUUUCCGGGUGGAGUACAAGAAGCUGAAACAGCAGGGCGACUGGAUCCUGGUGACCAGGGACGUCCCGCCGUCGCGACUGUCUGUAGAGAUCACCGAUCUGGAGAAAGGGAUGUCGUACAAGUUCCGGGUUAGGGCAAUGAACAUCCUGGGGGAGAGUCAGCCAAGCGCAGCUUCUAAACCCUAUAUGGUAUCUGGAUACACCAACCGCAUCAACGAUCGUCCGGUCACGGGACCCUACAUCACCUUCACCGAGGCCAUCAACGAGACCACCAUAAUGCUGAAAUGGAUGUACGUUCCAUCGAGUAACAACAACACUCCCAUUCACGGCUUCUACAUCUACUACCGACCAACCGAUAGCGACAACGACAGCGAUUAUAAGAAGGACGUGGUGGAAGGGGACCGCUAUUGGCACUCCAUCAGUCACCUGCAGCCGGAGACGUCAUAUGAUAUCAAGAUGCGGUGUUACAACGAGGGAGGGGAGAGCGAAUUCAGCAACGUCAUGAUCUGCGAGACCAAAGCUCGCAAGUCGUCCUCUCAGCCGGGCCGGCCUCCGCAGUCCGUGGUGCUGACAGCCCCGCCUCCCCCGAGCAGGGGCGGGGCCCUGGGUACGGCCACCGUCGCCCGAUCCAGCGACCUUCCUUACCUGAUCGUUGGCGUGGUCCUGGGUUCCAUCGUCCUUCUCAUUGUGGCGUUCACCCCCAUCUGCCUGUGGAGGGCGCUGUCCAAGCAGAAGCAAACCACCGACAUCACAUUUCCAAGUUCCGGCAUCCUGAACUCCUCUUGCCAGUACACCAUGGUCCCGUUAAGGGGGACCCCCGCCGUCAGCACCAUCCCGCAUUCCAACGGGGCAUUCGAGAACGGAGCGUGUCCACCCGCCAAGCUGAUUUAUUCUGGAGGAAAGCAGAGGGACUAUUGCUCCAAGGUACGGCUCCAGGAGGAGGCCAGCACACUGCUCUCAGGAAGCGAAGCCGGACCUACAGAACCAAGAGACCAUCCACAGCCGUCAGGGCUGUGUCGGGCUCAGUCUUGUGAGAUGAACGUAUUGUACGAGGACGAGACAACCCAUCCCCACGUUGAGGUCUCCCACCCCGAGGAUGGCACUUCUGUCCAAGAUGGGAGCCAAUUCCCCAUUCUCGACGUGCCCACUGAGAAGCUGCUGAGUCAAGGAGCCAUGACGCUCAGUUUGCAGAGCACGCUGGGUCUUCCGAGCGCAGUGCUGCCUGUGCUUCAUUCAAUGAGCCAGACGGUUCCAUCGCUGCUGAAGGGGGAGGGCGCCACUCAUAUCUAA